AUGCCACCACACGGCGAUGACAAAGGGGGGAGGGAGAGAACAGUCAGUAACGCGGGCGAAGAGCAGCCGAGACGAGAGAAUCUUUACACGUCAAUUAGGAAGGAAACCUACAACUACAAAAAUGAGGCAGCCUCUAAUUGGAAAAUCAGAGGCUCCAACUAUCAAGUUGUUCAAAAUCUGAACAAUUAUAAAAUUAAAGGAAGAUGCAACUUCUUUGACAACCGAGCCUUCCAAAUACGCCACCGUCAAUCUCACCACAGCCUAGUGACAUUUGAAUCAAAAUCAUCAAACAAAACCCACAGUAAAGAGAACACCACAAAACUCAUAUGGGCGAAGUUUAAGUGA